GCACCUACAGGAAGCUAAGAUCACCACAGUCCACCUCUACAGUUUCCUGAUUGUCGAGUUGAUUCCAAACCUGACAUCAGUAUGAAGAUAUUUUACCUCGUUUUGCUUUUUCAAGCAAGUCUUCAGCUUGAAUGUGAUAAAGAGAUCACAGCCCAUGUUGGAGGUGAAUUUAUCCUUAAAUGCAAGUAUGGCAUAAAUCAUUUUCUGUACAGCAAAAAGUAUUGGUGCAGAGGGCCCUCCAGAAGCAAUUGUGAGAUUGUGGCAGACUCAGAAAACAGUCGAAAAACACACAGGUCCCAAGUGAUAGAUUUAAACAGAAGGGGGCUGUUUGUGAAAGUCACAAAUCUCCGAUUUGAUGACGCUGGAGCGUACUGGGUUGGGAUUGAUAAGAUAUAUGCUGACAUCAUGACCCAAGUCAAAGUGAUUAUCACUGAAGUUCCAGUGUCCAAGCCCCGACUUUGGCCCCUGAGCUCUCUGGUGGACAGGCCAACAUGUUGGGGGAAGUCAGUUACCUUACGCUGUGGUUGUGCAAAGGGCACUGGUGUUCGUUAUGCCUGGUAUCAGCACAUUGACAGAAAGGACUUCCUGCUCCAUAAGUCUUCAGACUUGUAUCUUCACUGUGGCGCAGUUCAAAAGGACUGUAGCUAUUUCUGUAUUGGCAGUAAUGACAUAAGCAGUGAGAAGAGUGAGCUCAUCUCUGUGCAGGUUCUGAUGCCUGCAAACAGCAGCUGUAUCUAUGUUGUUAAUAUUCAGGGUCAACCAAUUUAUGACUGUGCAGACAGAAUGAGCACAACCACAGUCACAACACCAACUCUGACCUCCUGCCUAGUUAUUAUGAACAUCAGUGAUAAUAACACAAGAAAUCAAUCUUUACAACUGAAUGAAACCACUCAAGGCUUUUUUUUCAUCAGAUCAUUGACGGGACUGCCACUGUGGUACAUAUUACUGCGUUGGAGUUCUUUUCUGGCCUUGUUGAUAAUCAUUUGCACAGCUGUUAAAUGCACAAGAAGAAGAUACAAAAAAUAUGUCAACCAGAAGAAAAAUAUUCAUUGCAGGCGAAUUUACCAUGCGUGUCAGUGACCUGAAUUUUACUGUGGUAGUUCUGUGGAAGUUAGAAUGAUGCCUCUGAGAUAGCAGCUUUGUGGCUUAAUUGUUGGCCAAAGUUCUUCGAUCAUGUGGGCCUGUUUGUGAAGAGGGUAGGGCAUAACAUGUCAGACUGCAGAAUGACUCAUGCAAUACUGACCAAAGUGGUCUGUUAUUUAUUUGAAAUACUAGAGUUUGGAAGAGUCUACAAGACCAUUGAAAUAACAGUUUUAAUUAUGAUUGCUGAUUGCUUUAUCAGAUCAACUUUUCAUAUAGUAGUUACACAAUUUUGUAUACAUUAGUUAUACAAAAUAUUGACAUUAAAACCAACAAAGCUUUUCAGAAGGCAGCUAAUGAUGAUUAUCACGAUCAAUGAAAAUAAAAGGACUUAUGGUAUUGUCUUAGGUAGUGGAAAUAAAUGUAAACAAACUUCAGACAUUUUACCGUCUAUCUAAGGCCCUCUUCACUUCUAUAAACUGAUGGAGAGUACCAGGUAUUUAACUUUUAUUUACCUCUAAGUGGACAUAUCUCCUUUGCGGCAUUCCUGACUCAGACCUAGUCAUGUUAGUCCACUAUGCAGAUAUAUGGAGAGUCAUAAGAGAGCCAAUCAAGAGGAUUGUUUUAAUAAUGAUGAUGAUGACUAAGAAUGUAGCCCAAGAUUAUUAAAAAGGUGUGUUUCAGGUCCUUGAAUUUCCACAUGAAUUAGACUGAUGAUUAUAAAAAUAUAUAAAUAAAUUUGCAGUAAAACAGUCAUUGACUACCAUGUACUUUUGCUGUUUUUGUAUUAGUGACAUUAAUUAUACUUAAAUUGUGGAGUCUGGAAGUUUUAUAUGAUAAAUGGUUUAUUGCUGUUACAGGUUAUGAAGAAAUGCAAAUACCUCACCCACUUAUUGUGAAAUCAGUAUCACAACAAUGUGUCAGUACUUGGGCGUUGUAGGGCAUUAAAAUAUGUCAUAUCAGGUUGAUUAAAAUUCUAGUGCUGCUGGCUCAACACUAGAAACAGACUAAACUAUAAGGUAGAAUUCAGCAAUAUUACCCUUGAAUUAGUGAUGUAUAUGAACUGUAGCAUACAGUUGUCCAAAUAUUUAGUUUACUGGGUCUUGACUGAUACUAUUUUGUUUCCAUUCUCAGAGAAAGUGUCAGAAAAUUCCAGGUUAAUUACUACUCACGUUGUACUGUAGUUGAUUUCGUUACACUUAAUGUUAAAAUAAUAAAACUUUUCA